GUUAGAAUGAAUUAAUGAAAGAAUGGUAGUGGUGGGGGCAAAGGCGCGCCCAAGAAAAAAGCAUCGCCCCUCAAAAAGGACCGCAUUGCAACUUCGCCUUUUCUCAUCUUCUUCAAAGUCAAUAACGCUUCAGAUUCAUCAUUUCGUCUGCAAAAAGAUUCUCCCACAGACAGAAUCUCUCAAAAUCGCCAAUGACGGACUCCUCCUCUGGAUCAAUGAAAGCGAAAUGGGGAGUAUCCUCAUCUGAUGUGUUCUAUCAUUUCGGCACGAGUGGAAUGUCUGUUGCUACUGCAACCGGAAUUACCCAUCCUUUAGAUGUUCUCAAGGUGAGGCUGCAAAUGCAACUAGUCGGCCAAAGAGGCCCGUUGACUGGCAUGGGAAAACUUUCUAUGCAAGUAGUCAAAAGUGAAGGACUCAGGGCCUUGUAUUUGGGAUUGACACCUGCAUUAAUGAGGUCAGUUCUUUAUGGAGGUCUCCGUUUAGGCUUAUACGAACCUUCAAAAUAUGUGUGUGAAUUGGCUUUUGAGUCCCGCAAUGUCUUGAUGAAGAUUGCAUCUGGAGCAUUCUCUGGCGCUGUUGCAACAGCAUUUACCAAUCCAGUGGAAGUGUUGAAGGUACGGUUGCAGAUGACAAGAACAAACACUCGCGGGCCGAUCCAGGAACUGCGAAAAAUUGCUUCAGAAGAGGGCAUUGCAGCCCUAUGGAAGGGGGUCGGCCCUGCAAUGACCAGAGCUGCUGCAUUGACUGCUUCACAGCUGGCAACAUAUGAUGAAUCCAAGCAGAUGUUGAUGAAAUUGACGUCUCUUCAGGAAGGAUUUUAUCUGCAUCUCACUGCAAGUACUAUAGCUGGCACUGUGAGUACCAUCAUAACUGCACCGGUUGAUAUGGUUAAAACAAGACUUAUGCUGCAACGACAAUCUCAAAGAGUUGGAAGCUAUAAAAAUGGCUUCCACUGUGCCUACCAGGUUCUGCAAACAGAGGGUCCUCGUGGUCUUUACAAAGGGGGGUUUGCGAUGUUUGCAAGAUUGGGUCCGCAAACAACCAUUACCUUCAUAGUGUGCGAGCAGCUGCGUGGCCUUGCCGGACUGAAGGCCCUCUAAAUCGGUAAUGUUACCUUCUUCGGGAUAGACAUGAUUGAAGAACUGAAGAUGGAUGUAUGAUUUUUUUUUUUUUUCUAGUAGAAAUUACAAGGCAGGUGUGUUUGGAAUAGGUGAAUUGUUUUAUGAAAUGCGAUAUAAAUGUGUCCUCGUUGAUUGGUGCUACUUGUAGUUAGGGGGGCCAGUCUGUAUUCUGUAUAUGAGUAUUAUCUCAUUGCGGGACCAUUUUUAAGGCGUGUUGUUGUAUUCACUAUUUUUGGUAAUGAUUUUACACUAUAUAAACAAUGUGGUCACACACACCUUUAUUCA